AUGGAGGGUGACUUCCAGGUGUGCGGGAACUGCAAAAGAAGUGUAGCCUCUGCUCACUUCACCCUCCAUGAGGCUUACUGCCUACGAUUCCUGGUCCUUUGCCCUGAGUGUGAAGAAUCUGUUCCAAAGGCAAAAAUGAUGGAGCAUCAGCAGAAUGAGCACCAACAGACUAAGGAAUGCUUGGAGCACACCAGCAAAUGCAAAUUCUGUGAGCUGACCAUGCACCUCAGCAGGCUGCAGGUGCACGAGCCCCUUUGUGGCAGCAGGACAGAGCGCUGUCCCCACUGCAACCAGCUCAUCUUGCUCCAUGCACUGGCUCAGCACAAAAACAUCUGUCAGACACUACAGGCCUGGCUCAGGGAAGAGAAGAAAGCAUUGCCUGAAAGGAAAAUCCAGUGUGAUUAUUGCAACCAAACGAUUGCAAGAAACAAGUGUGUCCACCUCGUGGAUAAAUGCCGUCCAAUCUCAGAGUCUGUGAAAUAUCGUCCUUUUGAAAAGCCAAAAAUUCCUCCUCCAUCCCUUCCAAGUCAGGCUUCUGGAAAUCAGUCUUCCACAGUGGAGAAAGAUGUCCGUCCAAAGGCAAAACCUAUGAAUAUAUCAACACCAAGAGGCAAAAACAGAACCACAGAUCUGCCUUGGAAGUCUGAGCUCAGGACAAGCGCUGCCUCUCCUACAGAAGAGGAGGCAGCCUAUGACAUUCUGCAGAGAUGUCAUCUGUGUGGUAUUCUUCUUCCCUUGCCUAUCCUAAAGCAACACCAGGAGAAAUGCCAGUGGUUAGCCUCAUCAAGAGGAAAACAAGUGCGAAAGACCAGCUACAGUUGGGAAGGACUGGACAGCGGCGGGCUGGACGAGCCUGAGCCCAAAGUUGAGGGCAGAACCUCUUCCUGCAUCCUAACUCCUGCCCAGGGCGCGUUCCUGGACAGUUUGCGCCAGGCCCGUGGUGCCCUCUACCCACUCCACCAACUGAUCUGGCAACCCUAUGUUUGGGCCUCUGCAACUGCAGAGGUUGAACGGAGCCCGGUGGGCGGUGGCGCGUCACAAAGGCGGCCAGGUGCAGGGCAUUUACCCGGGGAGAGCGGGGCGGACGCCGGGUGCUGGCGGAGUUGGCGUGGAGCAGCAGCGCGGGCGGAGCAGGCAGGCGCGCUCGCCAUCCGGGCAGCCCAAACGGGGCGCAGCCUGAGCAGGGCGCAAAGAGCCGGUACCUGGCGAGCGUGGGCAGCGGGCGGCAGCCGCCCAGGGGCGCAGGCCGGGGAUGGGGGCAGGGGACAGCUGGAGGCCCGCGCGGCUUAG